AUGUUCUCCUGCAAAACCUGCGAAAAAGUGUUCGAUUCCAAAGCGAAACUGCGAUUCCACUCGGCCAGUCACUCUGACAUGAAGUUGUAUUACUGCAAGGUAACGUCAAGUACAUAUUCCGUUCCAAUACUUACAACUUUUUAGACUUGUGACAAAACCAUGAACUCCUCCCAAACUUUCUCGAUACAUCAGAAGAGGCACAGAGAAGAGCCAUCGCCGGAAUACGUAUGUAAAUUGUGCGACGCCGAGUUCCAGGACAAGAGUGAGCUGCGGAUGCAUAGAAAGGUCCACACAAGGCCCGAUUACUAUUGUGUGGUUGGUUAGAAAUCAUUUAAAAGGCAUAGAAAAAGAGUUUAGAUGUGCGAUACGAGUUUUCGAAGUGCCCGUUUACUCUACGAUCACUCGAAUGUGCCUGGAUGUCGUGUAAAGAUGAGGUGCAAGGUGUGCGGAAUGUCUACAACUAAUGCGAGUUGUCUAGAGGUCCAUAGUGCCCUAGAAACAUGAAAAUGAACUCUAAACUUUUAGGAGCACAGUCAAAAGCAUGUUGUAAAGGAGCAAUUAGACAAAGAAUAUGUCGUCUUGACGGAUUCACCCCAUCUGUCUUGGUUCCAACAACAACUAUCAUCAAUUCCUAUAGAUGAACCUAACUCUGAAGCCCCUCAACUUCUUCCUCCUCUCAACCAGCCAGCAUCAUUUGAAAUUCCCCAUUUGUCCCCUGACUUUCACCUUCCGUCAGUUCCUUUUGUUCCCCAACUCAAUCUGAUGCCACCGCCACCUCUGAACUAUACCACUUUGAGUGUUCUCCCACAACUUCCACUUACUAUCACACAACCUUUCAUCCAUCCCAAUCUCAUUUCUGUUCCCCCGAAUUUGUUGUUACCUCAACAGCAUUUCCUUCAAAACCCCAGAGGACCGCCAUUCGGAUAGCCGAUAUUCUCAAGUUUUGUUUCACAAUCAGUUCUGGACAGUGUUGCCCAUUUAUUGACCUGUUUUCUUGUCUGCAAAGUAUUGUAACUUGAUGAAAAUAGUUGGAACUAAGUCAAAAUGAAAUUUCAAAUCGAAAUCAUGACUUGUCUACUCGAUGUUGUAGUCUGGAAUGAUACUAAUGUGAGGAGAAUAACCAGAGAGCUCCAGUACUAAUGGCUAUUCCACGAUGACACCUAUUAUGAAAUGUUCAUUGAAAAUGAUUUGGAAAUGACCACCACACAGUUAUUUGUCGGAAACGGACUGUGAGUUGCUCGUUUCCGCCCGAUUUAGUCAGAAGUCGUCUCACAUCAGAUGAAAGUAUUGGAUCGAACAGUCUUCCGAUCACUGUCUCCACUGCGGUGUUCUCCUUUCUCAAAACAAAAGAGAGAGGAACCGCAGUGAAGGUUCUGUUAAUCAACUUGAUAUUGGUAAACUGAUUAAUAUUGUGAGUUGGUUCCAAAAUGCAGGUCUACACUCGAAACCCAACAUUAGCGUAAUAUCCCCGUAAGUCAUACGCCAUCUGCCGUUCACCUUCCCCCAACCGCGCUAAUCGCACAGAGCAACACUUUCAUUCAGCGAUUUCCACAAAAUGUUCGCACCAGAAGAACAUCGGUGUCCAAUCUGUGACAAACGGCUUUGUUCGAAGGCUCAGCUGUACGGUCACAUGAAUAUCCAUUUGGAUGUGAAACCGCAUCAAUGUGAGGUGAGUUCUACGUUUAAAGCAAUGUAUCUCGGCUGCAGGUGGAGAUAGCCAAAUAUUGUCAACUAACAAAAUGUUCACAAAGAUAUUGUGCACAUUUUAUCAGUUGACAACAUUCUGAUAUCUCUAUAGACAAUUGAGAUACAUUGCUUUGAAUGGACACUAGUGGAUUACCCUUCUUUUUCAGUUUUGCAAACGCACAUUUCGAAAUAGUCAAGGUCUCUGGUCUCACAAAAAGACGCAUACCGAGUACGGGGAAUACAGGUGUGACAAGUGUAAAACGUCGUACCGAAACAAACAGAACCUGACGAAUCACAUGAAAUUACACGCGAAAUCUAUUCGAUGCGAGGUAAAGUUCUGUUUAAGACUGCAAUUCACAGAUACUUUCAGAUCUGCGACAGAAGUUUCAACUCGACCGCAUCGUUACAAUCGCACAGUUUUGCACGUGGCAACACCGACGGAUUCAAGUGCUCGCACUGCAAUGUGUCCGCGAGAACUUUCAAAUGCUUCAAGGAGCACAUGAGAGUGUUCCAUUCGGAUAUUCCACUGAAAUCUGUCGAAUGCCCGGUGUGCAAGAAGACUGUGCAAUCGACGUGGGAGCUCGAGAAGCACAUGAGCAAUCAUAGAGAGAAGAGUGGUGGCGAUGAGGUGAGGCUCGCAUUCAAAACGGUUUAUUUCAGCUGUCGGCGGAGAUAUAAAAAAGUGGCCAACUAAUAAAAUUAUCACUAAGAAACGUUAUACAUUUUAUUAGUUGAACACAUUUUGUUAUCUCCAAAGGUAGCUGAGAUAUGUCUAACUUAUUGCAGAUGGUGUCCUUGUCUGGAAGCUCUUCCAGUGAAAGAGCCGGUUCAGCUGCAGAAGCCACUUAUCAGUCUCUGGAGCCUGUUCCUAGCUCACAGGUGACCUGAACAAGUCCAAGUACACCUCAAAAACACAUUUAACUUUCAGAGUGACGCCUCCAACUUUAACAUCUGGGACACUGCACACUAUCCGUUCUACGAUGAAUUCAGUGAAACUCAAAAUGAAAUGUUCUCGUAUUUAUUGAUCUGAAUGAACUAUGAACUCCACAAUAUCUGCUCUUUCCCCUCCUCUUACCCUUUUACCCCCCUAGGGACUGCCAUCAUCAGCUGAUCACCUCGUGCGGUCCCCUUCUCGUUAGUGUGCGUGAAAGCAGUUUAGUUUACCUUUUCAUCUCAACAACUUCUUCGAAAUGUACAAACUACUAAAGUGCACAGAGUGUCAGGCACUGCUCUAUUCCGAGAACUGUCUGGAAGCUCAUCUGAGGGUCCAUUUUAAAAUUGAACCCUCCGAAUGCGAGGUGUGCUAUCCAUUUUUAAGGACCUUUUUUCAUGAAAAGAAGCUUCAGACGUGUGGGACCGGGUGUAGAAUCAAUGUGCCCAUCAAUGCCCUUCAAAAAGAGCUCACGUGUUGCGAAUGCGGCGAAAUCCUGCACGGUUUGCACUGUUUGAAACCUCAUGUCCUGCUCAGACACACACAAACAAAACAAUAUCAGUGCAUGGUAGGCUCACGCUCUGACACUUUUGAAGGCAAUUUUACAGAUCUGCGAAAAGACGUUCAACAGCCGGAACAGUCUGAAAGCGCACCAGAACCGUUAUGACUUGCUCGUCACUUGCAAGUUUUGUGGCAUCAAUUCGGGCACCUACAGGUGCAUUCAGGUAACUGAAUAUUCACUUAUUUCGAUUUGAUUCGGUUGAAUUCACAGAUACAUAUGCACAAAUUCCAUUUUAAACCUGCUGAAAGACCUGCUGAAAGACAAGAGUCUUUUUUCUUCGAUCAACAGACGGUAAGACAAUACCGCCCAUUCAAUGCAAUGCAUCUCAGUUGCCGGUGAAAAUAUCUCAAAGUUGUUAACUGAUAGAAUGUGCACAAUGUCUUGAUAAACAUUUUAUCAGUCGACAGUGUUUCGAUAUCUCUAAUGGCAAUUGAGAUAUGUUGUCUAGAAUUACCAAUAUUUUGGGUGCCUAAAGUCAAAAUCAGUCUUUUUCAGGUCGAAUCUCAGCAACAAAUAGUUCCAGAAAGUUCUCAGAAAGUGUUCAGCCCACCAGUGACAAGUUAUUCUUCGCCCGAUGAGACUAUAGUCCGAGUGAAAACAUUUAAGGUACUUUUGAGCAAAACCUAACUCGCUAGGGACAAUCAAGGUGUCUUUAGAAUAUCUUUAGGUUAUUGUUGCAUUAUUGAACAUUUCCAGGUGCGCACGUGUGCUCAUUCCUCCCCACACUAUGACAUUUCCGAUUAUUUCUCCACUGAUUGUGAGAAACCUUCAUCAAAACCAGCAUUGGAAGUGGUAGGCGUCUGCAAACAAGGUUCAAAUCAAAAUUUCCAACAUUUCAGAGAACUUUCACGUGCACCGUUGUCUCCAAGCGUGCUCCUGAACAAAUUCGCUGUCCAUCUGGUUGCUCCGAGCCUACGGAUGGCAAAACGUUACCUAAAGUAGGCGUUUGGAAUUGGAUCGUUCUGAAAUGAACUAAUUUCAGGAUAUUCCUCAAAAUCAUGCCAAAACUUUUGUAUCCAACGAAUUGGAGUUGGCUCCAGAGAGCACAAGGAUGCCAUGGGAGUUGUAA